AAUGACUAGCGGCGCUGCCUGCUAUGACAGUGAAAAAAAGUCUGACAGCAAAAAAUAAAAAUAAACGAAGAGAACUUGUUCUCAGUUCAGCAUUUUCGCGUUUUUUCACCAAUUUUCCAGUUAUUUAAGCCACUAUCACAAUGGAAAAUUGCAUGUAAAGUGUUUAUUUAGAGGUUUAGUGUAGAUUUUCUCGCAGGAAAGUGAAAAUACAGGGACUAUUUGCGAAAGAGGGAAACAAGGGAAACUCCAUUUAGUGGCGUUAGAAAAAAAGAUGAAAAACUGACUAAAAACACCUUUCAGGGACUUUGUGCAAGAAAUAUUGAAUUUUAGAGUCCAAUUGUGCGGUGUUGAAGUGAUUCAUUUGGUAAAUUUGCAAUUUGUUGAAGAAUUUUAGAGGUUAUGGUGUGAGAAACAGCCUCCAACAGCCAAAUUGACACCAUGAGCAACAAUGACUCAAGCGGAUUCCGGGAAAUACGAGAGGAAUUUGAAGCACCGUCGCAGUUGAGAGUGUUUAAGCGGGAGAAAUCUGUGGAAUUCAAUGAUGCCACUCUGUCAGAAGAGGAGGAAUUUCUGGGAUUUGGGGAUAUCAGUAGCGAUGGACCGCUGUUCACGCAGUCCUCAAUUUUUUCCAGCAAUGCUCCAACUCUGUCUGUGCUGUCAGAUCCAGAGUUGGACAGUGCUGAAUUGGCUUCUUCGGCCAGUGACAUUGGAUCAGCCAUCUUCGACCAUGACUACAUCUCUACUCAGGAUUUCCAGGAAAAUAUCCAAAUGGCCAUGAGACGCUCAGAUUCCAGUGAAGAUCAGGGUAUCAGACAGUUGCUGUACGAUGAUGAUGGGAUUAAAUUCAAUGUCCAAGACAUUGAGGGACGUUUCAAGCUUCUGCUCAAUAUCUCCAGCUCAAUUCUCAAUAGUCGCAGUGCUGAACAAGCUGAUCAGUCCACAGUCAAUAGUUUUCUCAAUAAACUCUGCGAACAGACAGAAUCCCUCAAGACAAAAUUCUCAACUCGCAAUGGACUUCCUGAGGAUGAUCCCCAGACCCCAGGCAAUGAUUCUGGACGGGCAUCCAAGACACCUCCCUCAAUGGAGGAUUCAGGAAAUCUGGUAGCUGAAGAUUUUAAGGGAAAUUCAGUAAAUAAUGGAGAAACUCAUGCCGGGAACACAAGUCUCUCCGAUAUUGACAUGGUGGAGGACACAGAAGCUCCCGGAACUGACAUUGUAGCAGACAAUGAGCCGGAGAUUGAACUAAGCCAAGAAAAUCCCGCCACAUGCUUAGAUGAGAAGUCUCUGGAGGAGUAUACAGAAAUAAUGGCUCAAGUUGAUGCCAUUGCCAAAAUUGGCACAGAUGUAGUCAGCUCCAUGGAGGAUUUGAGGAAAACACUACCCUUGUCUGUAGCUCCAGAGAUUCUUUCGGAAUCUCGGGAAGUGCUCAAGAAGAAACUUACUGAGAUGCAGGCUUUUUUCAAAGCCUUCGCAAUUGAUCUUGCCCCGCAAGUUGAAAUAGGGAUUCAGACUGAAGAGGGUACCAUUGAGAGGGAUCAGGAAGAGGUUGAACAAUCGGAGAUUCCUGAAGAAAAAUCCCGUGCAGAUAUUGGUAUUCAAACUUGUGAUCCUGAAGAGGAAAUCCCUGGUGAAGACCCUGUCGCUUCAGCAGAAGAUGUACCAGCUGAUGAUGAAGAAAUCAAGAAUCCUGAGGCAGAUGCAGAAGAUUCAGAACCUCCAGAGAUUUUGGAAUCAAAAGAAUCUGAUGAGGAAAAUCCAGAAGUUCCGGAAGCAAAUGGACCUGAAGAUCCAGAAGCUCUAGAAGAGGGAACUUUAGAAAUUCCGGAAAAUAAAGCUUCAGAAGUGGAAGUUGCAGAAGCUCUGGACUCAAAGGUUCCGGAAGGGGAAACUUCAGAAGUUCCGGAAUCCAAAGAACUUGAAGAUGAAACUCUGAAAUCUAAAGAAGUUAAGGCAGAAACUCCGGAAAUUGGAACUCAGGAAUCCAAAGGAGCCGAAGGGGAAACUCCGGAAAUUGGAACUCAGGAAUCCAAAGGAGUCGAAGGGGAAAUUCCGGAAAAUGAACUCCUGGAAUCAAGAGAACCUGAAGAGGAAACUCCGGAAAUGGAAACCCUGGAAUCAAGAGAAGCUGAAGAUGAAAGUCCAGAAAUGGAAACCCUGGAAUCAAGAGAAGCUGAAGAUGAAACUCCAGAAAUGGAAACCCUGGAAUCAAGAGAAGCUGAAGAAGAAAUUCCGAAAAUUGAAAUUCCGGAAUCAAAAGAAGUUGAAGAAGAUAUUCCGAAAAUUGAAAAUCCGGAGCAAGAAAAGACUUCAGGGGAAGACGCAGUACUGGAAGAUUCAAUGGAUAAAAUUUUGGAUCCAGGAGGUCUUUUGACUAUUCCAAAAGUCGAAAGUACAGAGAUUCAGAAUGAGAGGAUGAAGCGUAAACUAUUGGAUAUGCUGGAUUCCUCAUCAGAUGAGGCCUAUUCAGAUGAUGAUCAGGAUGAUCCUCUGUUUGAUGUUAAAAUGCUCAGAAGAAAGAGGCGCAGUACACGGAGGAUUCGGGAGGACAGUGAAGAAGAGGAAGAACUUCCCGUUGAAGAAGAUAAGACAGAAGAAGAGGAAGAUGAUAAGGAACGAAAUGAGGAAGAAGAUAAGCUAGAAGAAAUGGAUGAUGAUGAGCCUCUGGUAAAUUCCCAAGAGACUGUCAUUCAAUCAGACAGUGAAUCAGAAUUUGAUAUUCUCAAUUACACGAUUUCUGAUAGUCCAGAAGAUGAAGAAGAAGAUCUGCCAGAGCAGGUUCCUGAAGAUGACAAAGUUGAAAAGAUUCCAAAAGAUGAAGAAGUUUCUGAGAGUUUUUCUGUAGAAGAAAAACCUCUAAAGGAGAUCCCAGAUGAUGAUGAUGAGAUUCUGGAUCAAAUCCCUGAAGAUCUCGUGGAGAAUGCUGAGGAUGCUCAACCAGAAGACAUCCUGAUGGAAUUUAAUGAUUCUGCAAAUGAAACAGAAAAUGAAAUUUUGAACACUCAACUGACCAGCAUUGUUGAGGAGACUAAGAAUGUCAUGCUCCUCAACAAUGAAGAGAUUCCUCUAACCAUGAACAAUGAGCCGGCGGGAGAGGAUCAAGAGAAGCCAAAAAGUCCAGAGAAGAGACCCGAAAGAAUUAAGAAGGAGACAAGUAUUCGAAAUACCGAUGAAAACAUCGAAGAAGGCUCUGAUGACAGCAAUAUGGAUUCAGAAGAUGAUAAGGAGCUUCCUGCUGCAAGUCUCGAGCCUGAUAUCAAUCUCGAAAUGCUUGACAAGGGUUAUAUGGAUGAUUACUUUGAUGAUCUCAAUGACAAAGAGAUUGAUAAAUUGUUGGAUUUUUCAACAUUGGAGAGGAGACGGUAUGAAGCCACGAAGACCACCGAGAGCAAAGAAACGGAUAAACCCAGAAAGUCAGAAAAGAAGAAAGAUCAACUUUUGGAUAUUCUGCAGGAAGUGAAGGCCGGAGGAGUUUCAGAAGACAGUUCGGAGUCAUCUGAAGAUGAACUAACCGAAGAACAGUUCCUGGAGCAGUGCAAUAUGAAUAUGAAGCAUAGAUUGCUUAAUUUCUCCAGUGAUGAAUCUGAGGAAGAAAAUGAUGUUUUCAGCGUCAGUAAGAUGUACAAGAAGAAAUCUGGAGAGGAAGAUGAUGAUGCUUGCAGCAUCAGUAGUGAUGGAUCAGCGAUUGUCGAUAACUUCCUUAUGAACAUUGUUCAGAAGGAGAUUGCCGACGAUGUGGGUGGUGAAAAGCUUAGUGAUGAAGAGGCUAACAAGGAAAAUACUCCAGCAGAAAAUUCUCUGCCUAAGGAAAAUGCUCCAGCGGAGAAAGGGGACAAGGAAGAAAUUCAGGAAAAACCAUCAGAAAUGGUUGAAAUAAGUGAAAGUGAGCCAGUUCAGAAGUCUCCUCAGUCUGUUGAAGAAACCAUUCAAGAUACACUGGAUGAUGUCCAGAUAGUAGAUCUUGAAGAAGAAUCUGAAAAGGAAAAGGAAACUGAAGAUGCUGAAAAAGCAGAGACAUCAGAAUCAAGGUCUAAGGCACCAAAGGUAUCUGGCAUGGAGAAGAUCAUCCUCAGUGAUAAACUCUUCGAUGGAAUUGAAGUUCGGAAGGAUUUGAUGAAGGAAAAGAUACCGAGAUCUCUGAAAAUCAUUUCAAGUGAUGAUGAAUCUGAGAAAGAUACCAGAAGUCAAGGUGACGAUGGUAAUGAGUGUCUGGACACUUCAAUGUUUAACAAGAAAGAUGACACUAAAACGAGUGAAGAAAUUAACAGAUUGCUUGCGAAGUAUGACAACAAAACGCCAACGCAUCAUGUUAAGGAUACCAGAGUUCCUUCGGAAACCAUCAGUCUAAGUUCUGACAGCGAUGUCGAUGAAGUUAUUGAGGAAGAAGUCGAAAAGGAAGCUCCUCGACGGAAUCUUCGGGCAAUGUUGAGUGAUGAUCAGUUGGAGGCUGAAACGAAGCGAGCACAACGUGAAGAGCAAGAACGAAUAAAGAGGCUGGAGAAGAAGACAGAUUCACUGAGUCAACGUCUUAGCCAGUCCGAAGCCAUAAAUCAAGAUGAAAGUGAGAUCAUUUUGGACUAUCACACCAAAACGAAGAAGUACAUCUCAGUCCAUCCGGCUAUUGUGCAAUACCUCAAACCACAUCAAAUUGAUGGGGUACGUUUCAUGUACGAUAACGUUUACGGAGGUGUUGAUUAUGUUAAUCAACAUGAUGGCAGUGGAUGUAUUCUAGCCCACUGUAUGGGCUUAGGAAAAACUCUACAAUUGAUUGCUCUGCUUCAUACAGUCAUCCGGUAUCCAGAACUAAAGACUAACAGAAUCCUCGUCAUCUGUCCUAAAACAACCAUCAUGAACUGGUUUGAAGAAAUCAGAAAGUGGUUGAAACCCGUUCGUGGAGAUAUCAGCAUGAAAGUCUUCUAUUUUCCCGACAACUCCGAUCUCCAUGGGAAACUGAAAAUUCUCAAGGAAUGGCACAAAUCCGGAGAGAAAGGAUACCGCAAUGCUGGUUGCUUGCUAAUUGGGUAUGAGGCUUUUAGAGUGUUAGUGCUGAAACAGAGUAGGAAACAGCAAUCACUCUACACCCAUCAGGAGACUUCCUUGAUUAAGAAGCAAAUCACAGAAACAUUGUUGGAACCUGGAGCUGAUCUAGUGAUCUGUGAUGAGGGCCAUAUGAUCAAAAAUCGCAAAUCUGCCAUUAAUCAAGCAGUUACCAAAAUCAGGACCAAGAGGAGGAUUAUUCUGACAGGAACACCCAUCCAGAAUAAUUUGAAAGAAUACUAUUGUAUGGUGGACUUUAUAAAACCAUCAUUCUUGGGCACAGAACGAGAAUUUGCCAAUUUAUAUUCGAAUCCCAUCAAGAGUGGUCAACACAAAGAUUCUACUCCCAGUGAGAUUAGAUGCAUGAAACAGAGAUCUUAUGUGUUGCACAAGAAACUCUCACGUUUUGUCCAGAGACGCGAAGCUGCUGUUCUCAAACAGUUCCUUCCGGAGAAAUUUGAAUAUGUUCUCUUCAUCCCAAUGACUCCUGUCCAGGAGCGUCUUUAUGAAUUUUUCCUCACGCACAAUCCCACGAAGGAAAUCAGUGGAAAAUCCCUGAUUCCUGACUAUACGGCACUGAGGAAGAUCUGGACGCAUCCCAAGGUGCUGGAGAAUGCAUGGGAGAAUGCCAUGUUAGCCAAAGAAAAGAAAGACAGAGCAAGGGCUAGGCUACAUCCGGAGUCUGAUGAUGAGGUGCCGGAUGAUGUGCUGGACAAACAAGUGGGUGCAAUGUCGGUGUUGAGUGAUUGGUGGAGAGCACAUCUGUCCAAGGAGCAUUUGGAGUCGAUUUUCCCGAGUAACAAAUUGAGGUUGAUAUUUGAAAUUUUGAAAUUAUGCAAGCAAAAUGGGGAGAAAUGCUUGAUUUUUUCGGCAUUUGUGGCAGUUUUGAAUGUUGUUGAGUAUUUUAUGCGGAAGAUCAAUAACAAGGAUGAGAAUGCAGCCAAGUAUGGAUUGACUGAAUAUGAUGGGCCAUGGGAACAUGGGAAGGAUUUCUAUCGACUUGAUGGCAAGACGCCAAAAACUCUGCGACAUUCAAUGGUGCAGAGUUUCAAUAAUCCCAUGAAUACGAGGAUGAGGUGUUUCUUGAUUUCGGCUAAAGCUGGAGGGCAAGGCAUCAAUUUGACAGGGGCAAAUCGAGUUAUAAUUUUGGAUACAUCCUGGAAUCCAUCAAAUGACCAACAGAAUAUCUUCAGGAUCUAUCGAUUGGGUCAGGAACGGAAGUGUUUUGUCUAUAGACUUCUGGCCAUGGGAACCAUGGAAGAGAAAGUUUACUCGAGAUCAGUCACGAAGCAAGCCAUGAGUUUCCGAGUUGUUGAUGAACAACAAAUUGAUCGACACUACAACAUGGCUGAAUUGGCAGAACUCUACACACUCACCAAAACGGACAUUAGCCAGCGUCCAGUGCCGAAUCUCCCAACGGACUUUCUCCUGAGAAGCCUUCUGCACAAUCAUCAUAAUCUUGUGUAUAAGUAUCAUGAGCACGAUUCGUUGCUGGAGAAUAAGCCAGAGCAGGACUUGAGCGAAGCUGACAAGAAGGAAGCUUGGGAUGCCUAUGAAAAUGAUCUCAAGACACAAAGAUUAGUUCUUGGAAAUAACGAUGCAACUGGUUUUGACCAAAAUGCCCUGAAUGCCAGCAUGAUGGGCUUCAACAACUACAUAACCAAUCCCAAUCUCACGUCAAUAAACUACGGUGGUUCGGGAUUGCCGGGACGAGGCUAUGGUGCAAAUUAUACUGGAAAUCUCAAUCCUUCCAUGUCCUUCCUAAAUCAAUUGUCAUAUCAAUCGGGUUUGGGCAUUAAUCAAGAUCCCAUGAUGCUCAUGAAUCAACUCUAUCAGUCCUAUCCGAUGGGAAUGGGUAGUUCCAGUAUGCAGACUCCUUACAUGGGAUAUAUGAAUCAGAAUUCGUACUUUGGUACUGGAAUGUACCCUAGUCCUAGUACUUCACUGAAUUCCUCUCCACUUGGGCCGCAGUACAAAAAUCUGCAGAGUUUAGCAGAGAUUGCCAUGUUACCGGAUUCGAAUGCUCUAGCGAGAUCACAGAGUGUUAGUCCGUCAACGAAUGUAGGGCAUUUGCAGACAUCCACAACUAGUAGUCCGGGACUAUCGAUGGCUACGACGACAACGAAUGCAGGUCACGUUCAGAGAAAUACGCCGACGUGGUCAAUGUGGAAUCUUAAGAAUGCACCAAGUUACUUUACUCCGGGUAUAACGACGGCAACAACGCAAGCGGUGACUCAGAGUAGUGCGAAGACAACCCAGGCAACGAGUACGGCAAUUUCAUCGACUGUACAGGUCACUCCACCGGGAAUUUCUCCUCAAACGCAGCAGAUGCAAGUGAGGCAAAUGGUUAAGACGCCAAUUCAACAGAAAACAGGACAUUUGGGUACACCAACUUCCAUUGUGACUUCCCUGACGCCAAGUACCGCGCCUGCCAUGUCCAUAAGUACAUUUACUCGGACUGAUCAAACUUCAGAAAGACCAUCCAGUAGCACCAGUCCACAGCCUCAUGUCAUUAUGAAGGCAACAAAUACAGUUAAUGUGCGCAAAGAUAAAGAUCCACCACCUCCCACUGUCACGAAAGUCACCAAUAUGGGCAUAGUCUAUCCGACUGUUGAACAGAGGGAAAGUGCUGUACCUAGCUUGGCAUCACUAACUCCAGCUACCAUUACAAAAAUACCCACCACAACUGCCCAGAACAACACUCCAACUACACCGAAGGAUCCUAAAGCUGCCACGUUGUCUCUUUUGGGAAUAAAUGCCGUUCUGCAGAAUGUUACAGUGACGCCAUUGACAAAAACAACAAGGCAACCAAAUACAACGCUUACCCCAAUAGUUACCACAACGGUCAAAUCCAGCCCGAAGAAUCUUCCGGGUAGUAACCCGAAAAAUCUGCCGGGUAGUAGCCAGAAAAAUCUGCCGGGUAGCAGCCCGAAAAAUCUGCCGGGUAUCAGCCCGAAAAAUCUACCGGGUAACAGUCCAAAGACGACGACUCCCACCACAACUCCAACAGGAAAGAAGCCAGGAUUUUCGAAUCCCGCUGAGAUCAUGCAGAAUUUGCAGAAUGUGACGGUGAAGCCAACUAGUACGCAACCUGGUAAGCGACAGCCAUAUGUGUACCCAGCCAAGGGUAGAAGGCCCAUUCAGAUCAAUCAACGAGUGGUCAGCAAUCAAACGAGUAUCACGCCAAUCUCAAAGCCACCUCCAUUGAAGCCUACUCUGAGUCCGAUUAGUGCAACACUGACGAGAGCAACUGUGAGUCAAGUGGCAAGGCCUACUACUGUGACACAAGUUACCAAGCCUACUACGUUGACUCAAGUGGCGAAGCCUGCUGUGAGUCAAGUCGUGGUGACACCACCAUCAAAAGCACAAGGGCCGCAUUUAACGAGGAUAUCGCGAUUAGUGCCAUCGACCAUUACAACGCCUACUUCAACAGUUCAUCUUGAGAAGGCAUUGAGCGGGGCAGUUAGGCCGGUUCUUGCAAAGAAACCAAUGACGACGCCUCAGUUAACGGUGGUUAGGCCAGGUUUACCAGUUACUAAGACAGUUCAACUUAAAAGGCCAUCAGUUUCCCUGCAAUCGUCCCCAGUUGGGGCAGCAGGAUCACCGAAGGGGGAGUGGAUGGCCAUAAAGCGACCAUCAACAACGCCAAUUGCUGAAUUGAUGGCCAAUUCCAAGACCAUUUCGAUAACGCAGGUGAAGAAGCCAAAUUUAGGGGUUCAUCCCAAGCCACCAAUUGUUCCACAAUCAUCUGCCACUCUGCAGAAGAUAACUCUUCCCAUACGGCGAACAAACAAAGUCCCACCGACAGUUCUUAACAAAGAUCCUGAAAUUGUGGAGCUCGACUGAAGAAUCAACUUGCAGCAUUGAUGUGUAAAAAAGGAAUAAUUGCAACAAAAGUUAUAAAAAAAAAGAAACUGCAAAUGGACAACAAGUUUUUCACACUAUUGUUGUGAUAUUUUUUUUUUAAUUUUGGUGUUAUUACUAAAGAUUUAAGCAAAAAACUAAUUAUUUAAACUGUAUUUUACUUAAAAUUUCCAUUCAUAAAUUCAUCCUAAAAGCAAUAAUACAAUUCUUUUUAGUUACACUUUGGUAAUAAAAAAAAUAAUAAACUAUUUUAGCAGUCAAAUUUUUGUCAAUGUAAAUAAUUUAAUCAGUGGAAUAUAGAAAUUGAAUGAAAGACAAGAAAACACCGGAAUUUAAUUUCCGUGCGAAUGGAUGAGAAAGAGAAAGGAUGUAUACGAAAUUUAUAAAGACUUAUUUAUAUUGCGAUUCUCUUUAUUCAAUUACAAUAUUUAAUCUACAGCAAA